AGCAGACACGCAUCUAAAAAAAAAAAUGUGAGCUAGAGCUAUUACGCAGCUGUUGUCGGGCUUUUCACUUUCAUUUUCCACGUGUGUCAAUACGGUUCACUCGUGGGGAGGAAUUGCCUAAGUUGUGCAAAACUUUGCAUUUUAUCUGUCUAGUACAAAAGUAGGUUGGAGAAUGUCUGCUGAAGGGUUCAAAGAGCAAGACCCCACAUUUGCAACUAGGGCUAUUCAUGAUGCACAAGAUCCAGAACAAUGGGAUGCCAUGCCAGUUGUUCUUCCCAUUUCUCUGGCAACUACUUUCAAACAGGAUGCCCCAGCUCAAUUCAGAAGUUAUGAAUACAGUCGAAGUGGAAACCCAACCAGAACUACCUUUGAAAAAGUGCUAGCUUCUCUUGAGGGAGCUAAACAUGGAUUGACUUUUGCCUCUGGACUGGCAGCUUCGACCACUAUUGUUCACCUACUGAGUGCAGGAGAUCAUAUUGUCUCCAUGGAUGAUUUGUAUGGAGGUACCAAUCGCUACCUUAGGAAGGUAGCUGAUCGAAUGAAUAUCAAAACUACCUUUGUUGAUGCCACCAAUCCUGAGAAUGUUGAAAAAGCUAUACAAGAGAAUACUAAGCUGGUGUGGGUAGAGACUCCCACAAAUCCCACUUUGAAGCUGGUUGAUAUUGCAGCAGUAGCUGAGAUUGUUCACAAGAGAGAAAAUAUUCUUUUGGUUGUAGACAAUACCUUUCUUUCCUCCUAUUUCCAGAGACCAUUGGAGCUCGGAGCUGAUAUUGUUAUGCACUCACUAACCAAAUAUAUGAAUGGCCACUCGGACGUCAUAAUGGGGGCCGCCAUGACGAAUGAUGAUGACGUCCAUACUCGUCUUCGCUUCCUCCAGAACGCUAUUGGACCAGUUCCAUCGCCAUUCGACUGUUUCCUGGUCAACCGCAGUUUGAAAACUUUGCACCUUCGCAUGCGGGAGCACAUGAAAAACGGACUUGCCGUUGCUCGCUAUCUUGAAAACCACCCCUGCAUCGAACGCGUCAUUCAUCCAGGACUACCGUCGCAUCCGCAGCAUGAACUUGCUAAACGACAGUGUUACGGUCAUAGCGGAAUGAUCACCAUUUACAUCAAAGGAGGACUGUCAGAGUCUCGCGCUUUCUUCAAAGCACUCAAGGUGUUCACCUUGGCUGAAAGCUUGGGAGGAUACGAGAGUUUAGCAGAACUGCCAACGUUUCGUGAUGAAUUAUACCCAGCCGUUACGCAGCCGGUGGACAUAUCGUGAACUGGUCUACUUGCUGGUUGAUUACUACAAUCGCUAGUUAGCAUUCACGAAGAGCUGCUGUUGUUGUUACACUUUCUUGUUGUUCCAGCAACGGCCUGAAAAAGAAGACAAAUCUCUACUCUCCAAUAAUUGAAUCUGUCUGUCUCUCUUUCUCUGCCUCGUUUCUCUUUUUAUUGAGAAAAAAACAAACAGAACAGCCGGUGCUGGGCCUGAAGAAACAGACCCAACUCUUUUUUCCCUUCUUUUCUUUAAUACUUUUAUUCUGUAGGGCAUUACGGUAGAUUGGAUUGUCAUCGCUAUUAUAAAUAUUUUUCUCUCUCUUCUCUCUUCGUUUGGAAAUGACUGCGAUACUCGAGGCAACGGUGUAGAGUUUGGUUGUGUAAUUGAACAACAACAGUGGCCAAACGACAAAAAGGAAUAACUGAACGAAGAACUCGACGACCAUCUGUCCCAGCGUUGAACGACGAUGACUAUUGUGCUGUGGUGGCUUACGGACAUGAUCACGGCCGCGUUCUCAACACCUUGUUUGCUCCACCGUCUGUAUAUGUACACAGUACCUAUACGUUAUUAAUCCAAUCAGACUGCGGUCAGUCGCCGAUCGAGUCCAUACACAUUUCUUUUUCUCUUCUUUGCAAA